GCACCUAAACUUUCUUGCAGCAAAAUUUACAGAAGAAGAAGAACUUUCAGGAAGUUUGAAAAUAGCAAGCCGUCCGCAUUCAUUCAAUCUCACCUCCGACCCACUCAAACUAACCCUAACCCUGCAUUCCAUUGUUUCCAUUAUGGGAAAUCUAAGUGACACUCUCAAAUUAACAGGAACAUUGCGCAGAAGAUAUGUCCUGGGCAAUGGACUGAGAAAACGGGCAGAGAUUUAGAGGUAUUUGUGCAUGCUCUAUAUUACAGUUGAAAAGUGUAUGUGACAAGAUGAUUAACGUUUGCUUUUGUUAAAUCAGGGCUUCCCCAGUCAGGACUUCGGCUCAGACUGUGGCAUAUUCAUGUUGAUGGUAGAUCAUAGCGAGCUGUAAUGCACAAAUAUUGUAGUAUCUAGAAUAACUUUCCAACAUGGACUUUUUUAAAGUUAUCUCACAUGUUAUCUCAUAAUUUUUUUUAAGUCUGCCAUGUACAUUGUUCCGGAGUCACAGUUGGACUACUCAGUUGUAAGUACUUUUCAACACGCAGUGUCAUCCUCAAGGUUGUAUUUUGUGUUGUGCACUAAAAUGAAAUACAAACAACAAUUUCAGCAUGACAUGCCUGUUUUGCGGAGAUGGUGGUGCCUGUUGCUCUUGGAAAACAGUUCUUUGAACAGGUAGACAGUUUAAGUAAACUAGAUGCCCUAAUUAACUGGAAGACAAUCAAUAUAUUGUACUUAAAGAUAUAUUGUCAUUACAGUUAUGGGAAAAUCUUUGCCCAAUGGACCAAAGAAUGUCAGGAGCUUAUUGCUGGAAAGCAUACUCCGGUCUUCAGGCCUAAGAGGAAGGCCGAGCAGCAGGACACAGAGGUUAGAAAAUUGCCUUCGAAAAACAGUAUUAUCUCAGUGGGAGUCCUUCAAAAUGCACAUUAUGGAUAAACAUUGUCUUGAUGUAUUUGGUAAUUGAUGUUACUUUUCAAAUUGACUUGUCCAGGAAACCAUGACGCAGACGACAUCUGAUGUCCAAAGAGUGUGCAUGGCAGAUUCAAUGAAAUUCUGUGUCUACCAGACCUUCGACAACACAGGAGAGAGGUUUGUUGCAGACUCAAUUUAAUAAAUGCAAUUAUCGGGGCCUAUUCAGUGAUUUUCCAUGAAGUGACCACUUUUACAUAUAGUUUCAAUGCACGAAUCAUGUGGGAAAAUUAUUUAUACAUUCAAAUGUGCUGCAGAGGUAUAAUCAAUUGGACAGCGUGUGUGUUUAAUAUUAAGUUUGUCUCUCAUUUGAUCAGAUUGCUUUACCCUGAGGUAAAAUUUGUAAAAUGGGUCCAGUGCAAGACAUGCAGGGGCUGGCUGCAUCAAGAUUGUGCCGGGAUUGACACGGAGCCCUUUGACUGUGGCUGCGAGGACUCCAUUGAGCAUCCUCGGUAUAACAUAAUUUAUCAAGGAAACAUAGUAUCAGUCAAAAAUACGAGGCGCAAAGGAUGAAAAAUGAGGGCUUGCUCUUUUUCUUAUUUCUCUGCAGGAUCAAGGAUGCCGUUGACAGUGGAAGAAUUGGUGCUGUCUUUUCUAAGACACAGAUCAAGGUUGCUUUUGAAUGCACUAUCAGUUGUUAAAGCCACCGUUUCUGUUACAGAUUAUUACAUUUUUGUCUCUUGCUCUUUGGUUUCAGACAUUACACGAUGAUCUGCUCUCUGGAAACAUCCGCUCCAACAGGAUGUUUCUUUGGAGGAAACCCGCCACCUCACUCCGGCUCAAGCAGCAUCUAAAGAUUAGGUCACUAUGUUGGAGUGAGCAGCGCCUAAGUAAAAAUGCCAUCCAUCAUGAGUAUUUUUACUCUCAGAGGUGUUACAUUUGAAAGCUGUUUACUUUCUGUGUUUUUCUUCAAUAGAUCUUCGAGCUCCUGCGGUUUAUUGAGGAGGCAACAACCAUAUCCGACAACAUCAAGAGAGUUGAGAUUCACUUGCUUGAUUUUGUCCUUGAUGUCAUGCUCCCAGAGGUGAGUAGAUCAAACUAUAUAGCUUGCUUUGAAAAUUGAUGAUAUUGUUAAGAGGUUGUUUUUAUUCAUUUGGAAAGCUCAAGAACAACAAUUAACCCAUACUGCAUAACUUCAAUUGUUCACAUUAUUUGACUGUUUUUCAGCUUUUGAUCAAAGCACUUCAAGAGCAUGGCAUCACCCGACUCAGAGUGGAGCAGAUGAUGGCCUGUGGCAGUAUAUUUUAAGCCCCCCACCACACCGACGGCAACGCUCUCAAUUAUGGGACGUGGAAGCCUGUAUAUGUAUAUAUGAUUAUAUUUUUUUUUACUGUGUUUACAAUUUAUUGUUUGGAAAAUAUUAAAGAAAUCUUUGAAGCAGUUGUAUGACAAUUUCCCAUUUCUUUACACAGUCUGUAAUGAUAUCGCAAUUCAAUUGUUUUUGCUAAAUGGCUCCUCUGAACCUUAAACAGAUCAUGUGACUUGUGUCUCUACAAUUAUUGUAUACUUGGAUUUUGCACAGUCAAGCAAUCCUGAAGAGGCUCACCAGGAAGCAUACCAUGUCAUAAAUUGUCCCUGGUUACACAAUGUUACUAAAGGAUGGGGGAAAAAUAUGUGCAGCAACGUAAGCACUCUCAUAGAACAUAAUUAUGAACAACAGAAAAUAUGUGAGGGUCAAGGCAACAUUGUUGACAUUAAACGAGGUCCUAAUAGGAGCGGAUCCUCCUCAUUACUUCCCACGAUUCACAGUGGAGGAUACAUCACACACACACAACUGCUUAUAAGAGAAACAAGUCACAGAGAAGUUAAGAAACAUUCAUGUGCUGUGUAAUGAAGCUAUUGGAGAGAGGAGUUAGAAAACACUCUUAUAUGAUGUGUAACAAGAGGUUAAAACAGUCCAUACUUGUAGCAAACUCUUACAUAAGAAUUUGAGUAAGAUGAUAACUUCUAUAUACAUUUAUACACAUUAUUCUGACAAAUUAUCAGAAUAUGAGGACAUCAGUCUAUAUAUAUAAAUAAAUAUAUAUAUAUAUAUAUAUAUACACACACACACAUUUAUAUAUAUACACUACCGUUCAAAAGUUUGGGGUCACCCAAAUAAUUUUGUGUUUUCCAUGAAAAGUCACACUUAUUCACCACCAUAUGUUGUGAAAUGAAUAGAAAAUAGAGUCAUGACAUUGACAAGGUUAGAAAUAAUGAUUUGGAUUUGAAAUAAGAUUUUUUUUACAUCAAACUUUGCUUUCGUCAAAGAAUCCUCCAUUUGCAGCAUUGCAGACCUUUGGCAUUCUAGCUGUUUAUUUGUUGAGGCAAUCUGGAGAAAUUGCACCCCACGCUUCCAGAAGCAGCUCCCACAAGUUGGAUUGGUUGGAUGGGCACUUCUUGGGUACCAUACGGUCAAGCUGCUCCCACAACAGCUCAAUGGGGUUCAGAUCUGGUGACUGCGCUGGCCACUCCAUUACCGAUAGAAUACCAGCUGCCUGCUUCUGCUCUAAAUAGUUCUUGCACAAUUUGGAGGUGUGUUUAGGGUCAUUGUCCUGUUGUAGGAUGAAAUUGGCUCCAAUCAAGCGCUGUCCACUGGGUAUGGCAUGGCGUUGCAAAAUGGAGUGAUAGCCUUCCUUAUUCAGAAUCCCUUUUACCCUGUACAAAUCUCCCACCUUACCAGCACCAAAGCAACCCCAGACCAUCACAUUACCUCCACCAUGCUUAACAGAUGGCGUCAGGCAUUCUUCCAGCAUCUUUUCAUUUGUUCUGCGUCUCACAAACGUUCUUCUUUGUGAUCCAAACACCUCAAACUUGGAUUCAUCCGUCCACAACACUUUUUUCCAGUCUUCAUCUGUCCAAUGUCUGUGUUCUUUUGCCCAUCUUAAUCUUUUUCUUUCGUUGGCCAGUCUCAGAUAUGGCUUUUUCUUUGCCACUCUGCCCUGAAGCCCAGAAUCCCGCAGCCGCCUCUUCACUGUAGAUGUUGACACUGGUGUUUUGCGGGUACUAUUUAAUGAAGAUGCCAGUUGGGGACCUGUGAGGCUUCUGUUUCUCAAACUAGAGACUCUAAUGUACUUAUCUUCUUGCUCAGUUGUGCAACGCGGCCUCCCACUUCUUUUUCUACUCUGGUUAGAGCCUGUUUGUGCUGUCCUCUGAAGGGAGUAGUACACACCGUUGUAGGAAAUCUUCAAUUUCUUAGCAAUUUCUCGCAUGGAAUAGCCUUCGUUUCUAAGAACAAGAAUAGACUGUCGAGUUUCAGAUGAAAGUUCUCUUUUUCUGGCCAUUUUGAGCGUUUAAUUGACCCCACCAAUGUGAUGCUCCAGAAACUCAAUCUGCUCAAAGGAAGGUCAGUUUAGUAGCUUCUGUAACGAGCUAAACUGUUUUCAGAUGUGCGAACAUGAUUGCACAAGGGUUUUCUAAUCAUCAAUUAGCCUUCUGAGCCAAUGAGCAAACACAUUGUACCAUUAGAACACUGGAGUGAUAGUUGCUUGAAAUGGGCCUCUAUACACCCAUGUAGAUAUUGCACCAAAAACCAGACAUUUGCAGCUAGAAUAGUCAUUUACCACAUUAGCAAUGUAUAGAGUGUAUUUCUUUAAAGUUAAGACUAGUUUAAAGUUAUCUUCAUUGAAAAGUACAGUGCUUUUCCUUCAAAAAUAAGGACAUUUCAAUGUGACCCCACACACAUUUAUAUAUAUAUAUAUUACUGAAUAAAAUAUUACAGAAUUAAAUCAGAACAAAACAGUAGUCAUAAAUAAUACAUAAAGGUUUUAUUUUGGUUUUUAGCUCAAUAAUAAAUUCAAUUCGAUUCUUACGGAAUGAACGGAGCGAAAAAAAACGCUUCCGGCGACUAAAUCCGACUACCGGAAGUCCCUACCGGAAGUCCCUUCUAACAAAAAAAAAAUCGAUCAUUGGAAUAACCCUCCCACAUGUUGUUUGGUUUUUUUAGCUGGACGAAUUAAUUCCGUUAGAAACGUACAGCAUGGAUGUGACCAAAAAACAAACUUUUGGCGAAAUAUUUCGGCGCCGGAAGUCCGCCAACGAGAAAGCCCGAAUUAUUUCGCCUUAAGUAAUUCUGAGUGAGUAUUGCGGAAGUUCAUCUUCUGGGUCCGCCAUCUUGGGCUGCAGUUGGGUCACUCUUAAUUCGGACGCAGCAACUGACUCUCACUAUAGUACUUUUUCUAUAUUACUCUGAAACGCCAGCAGGAUAAAUCCAGGAGAAAGAACAGUUUGAAGUUUUAAUCAUGUUUUACUACAAAAGUCAUUAUCUUAAAGUCAUUUUGACCAUUUUUAAAGAAAAGUGCGAAAAUGUUUGACUUUUACUUUUAAGACCGUUUAGUGAGAAGAUAAGAGAGCCGGUGGAUCUGAGAGACCGUUUAUACUGUCAGUUCAGUUAGUUAACAGUCUGCGUGUGUGUGUGUGUGCGUGUGUGUGUGUGUGUGUGUCUCACCACAGCCACGGAGUGUGGGCUCGGUCCGGUAAACUCUCGGUUUCUGGUUCUUCUUUGACUCAGCAGCAUCUUCUCUCGGUCUGAUGGUGUUUUUAUUUCUGCCGUCUCUGAGUAAACACUGACAACAAACCGUUACCAUGGUUACCGCAGACAUGGAGACGACGCCUAAACCAACUUCCGUGUACAACAUCGUCCUUUCACUGAUUUCCUGUUUUAAUAGCCUGAAUGAAAAUCUGUAAAAAUCUCUGAAAAUCCCUCUGAGACACUGACCAAGUUUAAACUUUGCAAGUGAAGUACUGCGGCCACGACUGUGACGGUAAACUACAGUACCCAUGAUCCUCUUCGCUGGUGCAAGGCUGGAUAGUCUGUUUCAGAGCAGUGGAUUAAACUGCUCUGGUCUGUUUCUGUUGAAAAUCUGUGGCUGUGUCCCAUUUAGAGACUGCACCGUCAAACGGCACAAAACGGCGCAUUUGAAGCGUGCAUGGAAUCAUCACGCGGCGCGAACGGUUUCCCAUUUGGCACGAAAUGCUAAGCGCGCUCAGCAUUUUUCGAGCGUGCAUUUAUGCACACUUUCGUGCCGUUCGUAUCCCAGAAUUCUUUGCGUGCCGCUGCACAGCUGCGCUUUCCGGUAAGAGGCUGGAUUCGCUUGGAGACACAGCGCGUCUUCAAAGAAAAUACAAGAAAUCCAAAAACAGCAGACAGUCAGCUCAGGCUGUAUGAGCGCAUGAUCUCUGAACUCACUAAAAUAUGCAAACCAAACAUUAUCGCAGGGGUGGGGAACCAUGUGCCACAGAGAGCCGAGAGGCUGCAGGUUUUCUUUCCAAGCCAAAACUCCACCAGGUGAUUUCACUGAUUAGUCCCUGCUCUCUGCUCGAGGUAAGGUAUGCUGCGUCCGAAUUGCCCGCUCGGGUACUACAUGCUACUGCUACGUGCUACUGCUAGAUCCUACUCCUACAUACUAAACACGUUGGCCCAAUUCGGACACACUAGACGAGCGGUGGGGAAAGACGACCCCGCAGGCAAAGAGUAGGUACUGCGCCCGUUUUAGACUGAAUGGUAAUUGUGCAAGUGAUGGAUGCUUCUUUAUUAUAUUCCUGCACUGCUUUAGAAAUUCACAAAGUAGCUUUUCCAUGACUUUAAGCCUUCAUUCACUCACGCGGUGAUCAUUUGUUCAAUGAGAUCUGCCUGAUUACUGCAGCUGUGCAGUUUAAUGAUGGAAUAAGUGAGCUUUACCGCCAUGAUGUCGCCACAUAUUUGCUCAUAAAAUGAUUACAUGGGCAAAUAUGACACCAUGACAUGACAAAGAGAUACAACCGCACAUUUUUUAGGACAGUGUGUGAAGUUACAUGAAACUUACAUCUGUACUGCUGCGGUCCCGCCUGCUGCUGCUGCUGCUGCUCCGCCAUGGUGCGCGCUGCUGUGGCCAGCCGACGUUCGCGACACAUUUAAAUAGGCAGAGCAGCUGGUGGCGCUAGCAUCACAUGCGCUUCUACAACUUUUAAGAGGACGAAGAAGAAGCCCGCGGUGCAUUUUGGGUCAGUAGCAUGCCCGUAGGAUGCAGAGCUGCGUCCGAAUUGCCAAGUAGUAGUCGAAGUAGUAGUCGAAGUAGUAUCUAGCAUGUCCGAAUUGGCCACCGGAGCGAGUAGCAUGCUACUUCAGAUACUACUUCAGAUGCUAGACACGCCCACAUUGUAGGUUGGUCUCGGUGCAUCCUACGGGCAUGCUACUGACCCAAAAUGCACCGCGGGCUUCUUCUUCGUCCUCUUAAAAGUUGUAGAAGCGCAUGUGAUGCUAGCGCCACCAGCUGCUAUGCCUAUUUAAAAGUGUCGCGAACGCCGGCUGGCCACAGCAGCGCGCACCAUGUCGGAGCAGCAGCAGCAGCAGCAGCAGGCGGGACCGCAGCAGCACAGAUGUAAGUUUCAUGUAACUUCACACACUGUCCUAAAAAAUGUGCGGUUGUAUCUCUUUGUCAUGUCAUGGUGUCAUAUUUGCCCAAGUAAUCAUUUUAUGAGCAAGUGGCGACAUCAUGGAGGUAAAGUUCACUUAUUCCAUCAUUAAACUGCACAGCUGCAGUACUACAGCCAGGCCCGCAGAUGAGGGGCUUCAGUUACCACUGUCUGCACGGGCGCAGUACCUACUCUCUGCCUGCGGGGUCGUCUUUCCCCACCGCUCGUCUAGUGUGUCCGAAUUGGGCCAACGUUUUUAGUAUGUAGGAGUAGGAUCUAGCAGUAGCACGUAGCAGUAGCAUGUAGUAUCCGAGCGGGCAGUUCGGACGCAGCACAAGAGUACCCAACUGCAGCGCAUGAUGGCGGACCCAAAAGAUGAACAAACGCCAUAGACAUAAUAAAAGGAUAGACCCCGCUGGGGGUGCUGCGCAGCGAGAAAUGCGGCCGCCAUCUUGGUCAGGUCAAGCUUCCCAUACGCUCCGGUCAAUCAUAUUCAUUAAUUCAUUCAUUCAUUCAUUCAGCGAUGCCGGAGCACUGUGCGGCGUAUUCCUGUGCCAACAGGCGGACAGCAGAGAACAGGGCUCAAGGAAUAACUUUUCGCAGUUAUGAUUAAACGUUUUUUCAACAUUACACUUGACUGUAGAGUCAUUUGUAGGCCAAAGAGGAAGACUAUCGGUCAACUCCAAAAAGGAAACAGCAUUUGCGAACAGCUAGCUUAUUCACAAUAAUAGCAACUUUGCUCUAUUAUCAACAGAUUUGCAUUAGAUUGAAAAACUUUUGUUUGAGAGAGGUUCUAAGAAACGUUAAGAAAUAAAAUAGAAAGAAGAAGGAAGAAAGUGAGCUCUGUUUUAUUAUCUGUUUUAUUAAAGAUUUCUUUGUGAUGAUCUCCUGUUUCAUUUUGAAGAUUUCCUAAGGACAAAAACUUGAGGAAGAAGUGGGAGAUUGCUGUUAGAGGGAGAAAUUCGCAGCAAGUGAUUCCUCUGUGCUGUGUAGCCAACAAGCAAACUGAUAUGUAGUUUAGAUGCUGUCCUGUCAUGCUGUUCUUGUGUUUAAAUUCUUUUGAUAUGUAGGCUAUAUAUUUGUGUGUAUUUUCCAGUUAUUAAAAUAGUGCUUCUAUAUGACAUUAUUUGUGUGUGUCUACAAAUGGAUAAAUAAAAUUAAACUAAAUAAAUUAUAAUCAAAUCAAUAUAUAUUGAAUUGGCCUAUUAAAACCGCCAGUUAUUAAUAAUUAUUGAGACAUAGCAGGAACCUAGCUCUAAACCUAGAUAUAUCCUUGAUUAAUUGUUAUACUAUAAUACAGCCACUGCUGCCAUGUUCUAAAAUAUCAUUUUAUUCAUUCUGAGUAUUUGAAAACGCCAAAAAAAAUAUGGCCUCUAUCAUGCCUCUUUGAAUGGCGUUUGCAGAGAAGAAAAUUACGUAGUAUUGAGCGAACUAUGAUUCAUUUAAUGCGCUCGGACUUCAUUCCGCCGGUUAAACAGCGGUGCAGAGUGAGGCGGAUGACCGGACCAAGAUGGCGGCCGCAUUUCUCGACAGCGCCCAUUCGUGGUAGCGGCCGACGCGGGGUCUAUCUUUUAUUAUGUCUAUGAACAAACGCAAUGAACUUUCGCAAUGAAUUCCCGCAUUACCUCCAAUUGGCGGACCCAAAACAUGAACUUCCGCUUUGCGAUGCCAGAACAGUAGGUGGCGGUAUGCACCUAAACUUUCUGACGGCAAAAUUUACAGAAGAAGAAGAACUCUCAGGAAGUUUGAAAAGAAGCAAGCCGUCCGCAUUCAUUCAAUCUCACCUCCGACCCACUCAAACUAACCCUAACCCUGCAUUCCAUUGUUUCCAUCAUGGGAAAUCUAAGUGACACUCUCAAAUUAACAGGAACAUUGCGCAGAAGAUAUGUCCUGGGCAAUGGACUGAGAAAACGGGCAGAGAUUUAGAGGUAUUUGUGCAUGCUCUAUAUUACAGUUGAAAAGUGUAUAACAGCUUUCCAAUGCUGUUACUUGUGGCGAACACCUUUUUGCUUGAGUUGAUGCGUGCCCGCAGGUGGAAUAAUGUCACAUGUCACACCGUCCAUAUUUUCUGUUGUUUUGAUUUAUUUACUCAUUCAUCAUUUUAUGUAAGACAAAGACACAAGACCACUUCACACGGUCAAAAAACUGUUCGGCUUCCCAGGUGUGCGCACCUGUCCAAAUCAAACCACCCAUUAAAUAGACAGGCACAAUUGCACCAUCUGCUGGCACAAAAAAAUACAUAAUAAACUGCAAAACCCCAAUCUGGCUCCUACAAAGUGUAUGUGACAAGAUGAUUAACGUUUGCUUUUGUUAAAUCAAGGCUUCCCCAGCCAGGACUUAGGCUCAGACUGUGGCAUAUUCAUGUUGAUGGUAGGUCAUAACGAGCUGUAAUGCACAAAUAUUGUAUCUAGAAUAACUUUCCAACAUGGACUUUUUUAAAGUUAUCUCACAUGUUGUCUCAUAAUUUUUUUUUUUUUAAGUCUGCCAUGUACAUCGUUCCGGAGUCACAGUUUGACUACUCAGUUGUAAGUACUUUUCAACACGCAGUGUCAUCCUCAAGGUUGUAUUUUGUAUUGUGCACUAAAAUGAAAUACAAACAACAAUUUCAGCAUGACAUGCCUGUUUUGCGGCGAUGGUGGUGCCUGUUGCUCCUGGAGAACAAUUCUUUGAACAGGUAGACAGUUUAAGUAAACUAGAUGCCCUAAUUAACUGGAAGACAAUCAAUAUAUUGUACUUAAAGAUAUAUUGUCAUUACAGUUGUGGGAAAAUCUUCGCCCACUGGACCAAAGAAUGUAAAGAGCUCAUUGCUGGAAAGCAUACUCCGGUCUUCAGACUAAAGAGGAAGGCAGAGCAGCAGGACAUAGAGGUUAGAAAAUUGCCUUCGAAAAACAGUAUUAUCUCAGUGGGAGUCCUUCAAAAUGCACACAGUUGUAUGGAUCAACAUUGUCUCGAUGUAUUUGGUAAUUGAUGUUACUUUUCAAAUUGACUUGUCAAGGAAACCAUGACGCAGACGGCAUCGGAUGUCCGAAGAAUGUGCAUGGCAGAGUCGAUGCAAUUCUGUGUCUACCAGACAUCAAACAACACAGGAGAGAGGUGUGUUGCAGACUCAAUUUAAUAAAUGCAAUUAUCGGGGCUUAUUCAGUGAUUUUCCAUGAAGUGACCACUUUUACAUAUAGUUUAAAUGCACGAAUCAUGCGGGAAAAUUAUUUAUACAUUCAAAUGUGCUGUAGAGGUAUAAUCAAUUGGACAGCGUGUUUGUUUAAUAUUAUGUUUGUCUCUCAUUUGAUCAGAUUGCUUUACCCUGAGGUAAACUUCAUAAAAUGGGUCCAGUGCAAGACGUGCAGGGGCUGGCUGCAUCAGGAUUGUGCCGGGAUUGAAAUGGAGCCGUUUGACUGCGGCUGCAAGGACUCCAUUGAGCAUCCUCGGUAUAAUAAUUACCGGAAACAUAGUAUCAGUCAAAAAUACGAGGCUCAAAGGAUGAAAAAAUGAGGGCUUGCUCUUUUUCUUAUUUCUCUGCAGGAUCAAGGAUGCCGUUGACAGUGGAAGAAUUGGUGCUGUCUUUUCUAAGACACAGAUCAAGGUUGCUUUUGAAUGCACUAUCAGUUGUUAAAGCCACCGUUUCUUUUUCAGAUGAUUACAUUUUUGUCUCUUGCUCUUUGGUUUCAGACAUUACACGAUGAUCUACUGUCUGGAAAGAUCCGCUCCAACAGAAUGUUUCUUUGGAGGAAUCCCGCCACCUCACUCCGGCUAAAGCAGCAUCUUAAGAUAAGGACACUAAGUUGGAGUGAGCAGCGCGUAAGUAAAAAUGCCAUCCAUCAUGAGUAUUUUUACUCUCAGAGGUGUUACAUUUGAAAGCUGUUUACUUUCUGUGUUUUUCUUCAAUAGAUGUUCGAGCUCCUGCGGUUCAUUGAGGAGGCAACAACCAUUUCAGAAAAAAUCAAGAGAGGCGAGAUUCACCUGCUUGAUUUUGUUUUUGAUGUCAUGCUCCCAGAGGUGAGUAGAUCAAACUAUAUAGCUUGCUUUGAAAAUUUAUGAUAUUGUUAAGAGGUUGUUCUUAUUCAUUUGGAAAGCUCAAGAACAACAAUUAACCCAUACUGCAUAACUUCAAUUGUUCACAUUAUUUGACUGUUUUUCAGCUUUUGAUCAAAGCACUUCAGGAGCAUGGCAUCACCCGGUUAAGAGCAGAGCAGAUGAUGGCCUGUGGCAACAUAUUUUAAGCCCCCCACCACACCGACGGCAAUGCUCUGAAUUAUGUAUAUAUUAUAUUUUUUUUUACUGUUCACAAUUUUUUUUGGAAAACAUUAAAGAAAUCUUUGAAGCAGUUGUAUGACAAUUUCCCAUUUCUUUACACAGUCUGUAAUGAUAUCGCAAUUCAAUUGUUUUUGCUAUAUGGCUCUUCUGAACCUUAAAGAGAUCAUGUGACUUGUGUCUUUACAAUUAUUGUAUACUUGGAUUUUGCACAGUCAAGCAAUCCUGAAGAGGCUCACCAGGAAGCACACCAUGUCAUAAAUUAUGUCCCUGGUUACACAAUGUUACUAAAGGAUGGGGGGGAAAAUAUGUGCAGCAACAUAAGCACUCUCAUAAAACCUAAUUAUGAACAACAGAAAAUAUGUGAGGGUCAGGGCAACAUUGUUGACAUUAAACGAGGUCCUAAUAGGAGUGGAGAAACAAGGUCACAGAGAAGUUAAGAAACAUUCAUGUGCUGUGUAAUGAAGCUAUUGGAGAGAGAAGUUAGAAAACACUCUUAUAUGAUGUGUAACAAGAGGUUAAAACAGUCCAUACUUACAGCAAACUCUUACAUAAGAAUUUGAGUAAGAUGAUAACUUCUACAUACAUUUAUACCUAUUCUGACAAAUUAUCAGAAUAUGAGGACAUCAGUCUAUAUAUACAUAUUACUGUAAACUUCAGAAUUAAAUCAGAACAAAACAGUAGUCAUAAUUAAUAACAAAACAGUAGUCAUAAUUAAUACAUAAAGGUUUUAUUUUGGUUUUUAGCUCAAUAAUAAAUUUAAUUCGAUUCUUAUGGAAUGAACGGAGCGAAAAAAAAAAAAAAAAAAAAGCUUCCGGCGAUUAAAUCCGACUACCGGAAGUCCCUUCUGACAAAAAAAAAUCGAUCAUUGGAAUAACCUUCCCACAUGUUGUUUCUUUAUUUAGCUGGACGAAUUAAUUCCGUUAGAAACGUACCGCAUGGAUGUGACCAAAAAACAAACUUUUGGCGAAAUAUUUCGGCGCCAGAAGUCCGCCAACGAGAAAGCCUAUCCACCGGAAGUAAUUCUUUUGGGUCCGCCAAUCGGAGGUAAUGCAGAAGUUCAUUGCGGAAAUUCAUUGCGUUUGUUCAUCUUUUGGGUCCGCCAUCUUGCGCUGCAAUUGGGUCCCUCUCGUAGGAUGCACCGAGACCAACCUACAAUGUGGGCGUGUCUAGUAUCUGAAGUAGCAUGCUACUUGCUCCGAUGGCCAAUUCGGACAUGCUAGAUACUACUUCGACUACUACUUCGACUACUACUUGGCAAUUCGGACGCAGCUGUAAUCAGUGAAAUCUCCUGGUGGAGUUUUGGGUUGGAAAGAAAACCUGCAGCCUCUUGGCUCUCCAUGGCACAUGGUUCCCCACCCCUGCAUUAUAGAUUUAGAGACAACUGAUCCGCUCUGCUACAACAAUCAAAAACAUUAGAAAUAAGAAAGCUGACAAAACUACAGCAGAGGAUCAGGACAACAUUGUUUUUUUGUUUUUUUUUAAGAUUUAGAGAUUAAAGUUGUAAAUUUAGGAGAAUAAA